AUUCACCUAAGAUAUCAGUUCAGUUGAUGAAGAUUUUCUCUUGCUAGCUAAUUAGGGUUUUUGCUGAACUUGAUUGAGUAAGAAAGAACCAGAUAAAUAAAACUAUGCCUCGCGGGUACACUUUUGGUAGGGCAGAAGAAGCCACUCACCCCGACUCUGCCAGGGCGACCUUGGCUGAGUUCCUGUCGACCCUCGUCUUCGUAUUUGCCGGAGAGGGCUCCAUCCUUGCCCUUGAUAAGAUGUAUAGGGAGACAGCUUUAGGAGCAUCGAGCCUGCUGGUUAUCGCCCUCGCCCACGCCCUCGCUCUGUUCGCCGCUGUGGCUUCAAGUAUGAACGUCUCUGGCGGGCACGUUAAUCCUGCUGUCACUUUUGGUGCACUUGUUGGUGGGAGAGUCUCCGUGCUACGUGCCAUUUUCUAUUGGAUUGCUCAGAUUUUGGGUGCUGUUGUAGCUUCUCUCUUGUUGUGGCUAGCGACUAAUGGUUUGAAGCCGCAAGGAUAUUCCGUGGCGGCUGGAGUAGGAGAGUGGAACGCUUUGGUGAUGGAGAUAGUGUUGACAUUUGGACUGGUCUAUACGGUGUACGCGACUGCGAUUGAUCCAAAGAGGGGAAGUUUGGGAACUAUUGCACCUCUUGCGAUAGCCUUCAUAUUUGGGGCUAAUGUGCUGGUUGGAGGGCCUUUCUCAGGAGCAUCGAUGAACCCUGCUCGGGCUUUUGGGCCUGCACUGGUAGGGGGGAGGUGGAGGGACCACUGGAUCUACUGGUUGGGACCGUUGCUUGGUGCGGCCCUGGCCGGAGUUAUAUACGAGUUUGGAAUGAUACAAGCGGAGACCCCUCACCACACACAUCACCAGCCUUUGGCUCCAGAAGAUUACUAGUUUACUUGUUGGUUUCUUGAAUAAAAGAAAAGUGUACUUGGCAUGUUUGGGUUUAAAUCGUUUUUCUGACUUUGGUUUGGUGUAAUAUUGUAAUUUGAUGCAUUUGUAAGUUGCGAAACAUUUUGAUAGCUAAUAAUCGAUGCGGCCUUUUCAUUCGCC